UUAUACAGUUCUCUAGCGUCACUAUCUUAGACACGUGAUUAAACCAGUGUUUACUUUAAGUGAUGCAACACUUCAUCUUUAUGUAAUUGCAAAAGUAACAGGAUGUAACUUGUGAAUUAUUUUACAUCGAUUUGGAUUUUGGUGGCUUAUAAAAGGUAACGUUAAGCAAACGUUUAGCUAAUUAAAGUGUAUUGUUGUGUUCGAAGAACGUGACUAUUCGACUUAAUGAGGUUAUUUAUCUUAAUACAGCUACUGAAUGUGGCGUACGGUUGCGUGGACUUCUGGAAAAAAUGGACAGGGUAUCGAUGCAUAAAUUCGAAAGACAUCAAUUCCGAAACUAGAUGCUACAUGACAGAGAAGCUAUCUUAUGCUCAAAUUAUUCGCAGUUAUUUCUAUGUGUUUUGUAAAAACGAAACUAUUUAUGGGCAGUUAAUGCGAUGUUUAGAAGCUGAAAGUACAAAUCACGUUUAUAUUAAUGAUUGUUAUAUGUCGGAGUUUGAUGUGGGACAAUUUGUGUCGGGGGUGAAAGUUAUCGACGUCCUCGUUAACCUCGAGUCGACUGUUAUGAAUAAUUUCGUUAGUGCUACGUUUAAUGAUAUUCCCACUCUAAGAACAAUAACAUUGACUGGUUUAAGAACUUCGGGCGUGUUAAAUGUGACCUUUGAAAAUGUUUCUUCCGUUGCGUAUCUCAACAUCGAGAAUUACGAGUUUGGGACCUUUAUGCCGAGACCCUUUCAAAAUUUAUCCAGUCUUUUAACAUUAAGUCUGAAAAAUGGAGUUUUAGAAACGUUACCGAGCCAAGUAUUUCAGGGACUUUAUAAUUUGAAUAUACUGAACCUGAGCAACAAUCAAAUAGAAGAAAUCGAUCCGCUCCUUCUCAAGAAUCUCACUGAAUUGCAAGUUUUGGAUUUAUCUGGAAAUAAACUGAUAAAUUUACCGAGUGACUUGCUGUCCGAUCUGUCGAAUUUGAUCUCAUUUUUCGUUCAGGAAAAUAGAUUAACUGCACUUCCUGAUAAUUUAUUCGCUGCCUGCCCAAAAUUAGAGGUUUUUUCCGUAAGCUAUAAUCAGAUAGGACGGUUUCCUCCUGGAUUCUUCGCCGGUUUGCGAAACUUGAAACAUUUCGCUGCUAUAAACUGCAGUUUAAUGCACUUGGAAAUAGGAAUAUUUUCUGACGCAACAAACUUAACAGGAGUCUUUCUUACAACCAAUGAAAUUGUCAAUUUACCGCCAGAUCUUUUUAAAAAUAGCAAGAAUUUAGAAAAACUUUACAUAGGAGUGAAUAAAAUACAGGACCUUCCUCCGGGCAUCUUCGAUGAUCUCAUCAAUUUGCAAUACAUCCAAUUAACGUUUAAUCGUUUGCAAACACUUCCCACAAAUGUUUUUCAGAAUUUAUCGUCUUUAGAAGUUCUUGAAUUGGGAUUCAAUCGCCUCACUCACUUACCCGAAGACGUCUUUCUUCCACUUAUUAACUUACGAGUCCUCGACAUAUCUCAUAGUUCUUUCCUUAGACUUUCCGUUAAACAACCUUUCGGCAGAAGUAAGCAUUUGACUAAGAUUUCUGCCAAAUUUUCAAAUUUCCUGGCCUGGCCAAUGAUAAAUUGGACGGAGCAUAGCUUGACUUCCGUUGAUUUCUCUAGAAGUAAUUUUAGUAACUUCGACUUAAUGAGGUUAUUUAUCUUAAUACAGCUACUGAAUGUGGCGUACGGUUGCGUGGACUUCUGGAAAAAAUGGACAGGGUAUCGAUGCAUAAAUUCGAAAGACAUCAAUUCCGAAACUAGAUGCUACAUGACAGAGAAGCUAUCUUAUGCUCAAAUUAUUCGCAGUUAUUUCUAUGUGUUUUGUAAAAACGAAACUAUUUAUGGGCAGUUAAUGCGAUGUUUAGAAGCUGAAAGUACAAAUCACGUUUAUAUUAAUGAUUGUUAUAUGUCGGAGUUUGAUGUGGGACAAUUUGUGUCGGGGGUGAAAGUUAUCGACGUCCUCGUUAACCUCGAGUCGACUGUUAUGAAUAAUUUCGUUAGUGCUACGUUUAAUGAUAUUCCCACUCUAAGAACAAUAACAUUGACUGGUUUAAGAACUUCGGGCGUGUUAAAUGUGACCUUUGAAAAUGUUUCUUCCGUUGCGUAUCUCAACAUCGAGAAUUACGAGUUUGGGACCUUUAUGCCGAGACCCUUUCAAAAUUUAUCCAGUCUUUUAACAUUAAGUCUGAAAAAUGGAGUUUUAGAAACGUUACCGAGCCAAGUAUUUCAGGGACUUUAUAAUUUGAAUAUACUGAACCUGAGCAACAAUCAAAUGGAAGAAAUCGAUCCGCUCCUUCUCAAGAAUCUCACUGAAUUGCAAGUUUUGGAUUUAUCUGGAAAUAAACUGAUAAAUUUACCGAGUGACUUGCUGUCCGAUCUGUCGAAUUUGAUCUCAUUUUUCGUUCAGGAAAAUAGAUUAACUGCACUUCCUGAUAAUUUAUUCGCUGCCUGCCCAAAAUUAGAGGUUUUUUCCGUAAGCUAUAAUCAGAUAGGACGGUUUCCUCCUGGAUUCUUCGCCGGUUUGCGAAACUUGAAACAUUUCGCUGCUAUAAACUGCAGUUUAAUGCACUUGGAAAUAGGAAUAUUUUCUGACGCAACAAACUUAACAGGAGUCUUUCUUACAACCAAUGAAAUUGUCAAUUUACCGCCAGAUCUUUUUAAAAAUAGCAAGAAUUUAGAAAAACUUUACAUAGGAGUGAAUAAAAUACAGGACCUUCCUCCGGGCAUCUUCGAUGAUCUCAUCAAUUUUCAAUACAUCCAAUUAACGUUUAAUCGUUUGCAAACACUUCCCACAAAUGUUUUUCAGAAUUUAUCGUCUUUAGAAGUUCUUGAAUUGGGAUUCAAUCGCCUCACUCACUUACCCGAAGACGUCUUUCUUCCACUUAUUAACUUACGAGUCCUCGACAUAUCUCAUAGUUCUUUCCUUAGACUUUCCGUUAAACAACCUUUCGGCAGAAGUAAGCAUUUGACUAAGAUUUCUGCCAAAUUUUCAAAUUUCCUGGCCUGGCCAAUGAUAAAUUGGACGGAGCAUAGCUUGACUUCCGUUGAUUUCUCUAGAAGUAAUUUUAGUAACGUGACAUUAUCGCUGCAUACUCCUAACCGAGCCAUCGUUGACCUGUCCGAGAGUAAUAUAAGGACCAUAUACAUCGAUACCCGUGAGUACGGAUCUAAUUUCAUUACUUACGAUUUGAGGAACAGCAAGAUUAUCUGCGAUUGCAAUCUUCGCCAAUUUGUCGACUUUCUAAACGUAAAUUUAUUGACGGCAUCCAAAAUUUUUCCAAAUCUUACCAAUUUAGAGUGCUACGAGGAGAAGAAAAAGUUACUUGAUAUUACGACGACGUACCGCAUGUGUCCUGUAACAAAAGAUUGCCCCGUACAUUGCGAAUGCUUCCAGGACUUCGAAGGGGUUUUAGUAAAUUGUUCUCGAAAAGACAUGAGAGAUAUGCCUGAAAUUCUUAUCGAAAAUGCUACUGUUGUGGAUCUUACGCAUAACAAAAUUUCAAAUGUUGAUCCACUGUUGUGUAGGAAUGUCACACAUUUAUACUUAAGCGACAAUUCCUUAACUUCUAUCGAUAACUUACCACCGACUCUCACUUAUCUUUCCUUAAACAGAAAUCAAUUAACUCGAUUGCCUUCGUCCUUGAUGUAUCGGAUUGAUAAAUGGAAUGAGUUAAAAAUUUUGUUAGCUGGAAACAACUGGAGCUGUGGUUGUGAUUCUCUGUUUACCAAGGAUUGGUUAAUUAGAAACAAACACAAAAUACUGGACUUCGCUAAUGUUUCUUGCAUGAGUGGUUCCGAUUUAUCCAGCUUUGUCCAAGUUAUAUCAACGGAUAAAUGCAAGGAGGAAGUGAUUUAUUUUGCAUCAUGGAAAACUGCACUCGUGUGUAUUAGUUUGAUUGUCUUUGUACUCGUAUUAUUAAUUGUUUUAAUUGUUAAUGUCCGUCGUUUGAAAAGAACUAUUAACAAUUCGGAAAAUGAAUUACACAAUGCCGUGGCUAUAUACUUUAUAAACGGGCAAGAAGAAAAUGUAGAAGUAAGAUGAGCACUGGCGGGUCUACUAUGAAACUAAUGAAACUAAAGCUUCGUGUUUCCUAAUCUCGGAGGUGCCCAAAGUGAGUUUACUUCUGGGUGUUGCCCUAUUAUUGCUGAUUGCAAAGGAGUUCCAUAACAGUCUAUCAAAAAUGUAGGUCCGCCAAUGAAGACGAGAGAAUUUUUCUUCAACUAAAAUGAACAUGAAAAAUGUUUUGUAGUGUUUGGCAUAUUGUGUCAUAACUUAUGAUAGUGGCAUAACUAAAGUCACUUUGGAUUGCCUGGUUGAUGUGUCAGGAAGCGGGAGUGUACAGCAUGUAUGACGUUUGUAACAAGUACUAAAUUAAGUUUUAUAUAAUUGUAUAGGCUUACAAGUGUCCAAAAUUCAUAAAGAAAAUAUAGCACUAGAAACACGAAAUAUGUAACAGCAGGGCCGCCAGAGAGAGUCCUGCUGUUAUAUGUUUCGUGAAGGGACGGCAAAAGCAGCAAAUUGUCCUAAGUCUUAGAGAAAUUAGGGGGUCCUUAUACAAUGGUUUUGUUUUCUUUUAUUGCUACAGAAUCCCAAAUAUGCAUUUUGUCCCGACCUUUCGUUACCCUCUGGAUGACUUUGUAUAACUGUGAUGAUAAAAGUAUUCGUUCGAUAAAGUAAUGGUUUUCGCAGUGACUCGAAUUAUUAAUACCUAAGAUCAUAUUUAUGAAUUGUGCGUUACGAAGUAAAUUGUGUAAAUCAUUUCCCUUGAAUGUGUGUACAAUUUUACAAGAAGUGAUUAUAUUUAACCUGUCUGGCAAUAAUGGGAGUAUUGCCUUCUUUAGCGGCUUUAAUACACCUGACAUAGUUCUAUUCCAAAUGAAACGUUAUGCCAUUACAUCUCUUAUACAGUGUAUUAAAAAUGUAUCUAUGAUAGUUACAAUAAAAAUGAAUUCACCAAGAGAUAUUUCGUAUAGGCAGCUAUGAAUGCCCUCUUUCAAUGAAAAUUGGAGCUAAACAACAUACCAACUUAUUUAAAUUUUUGAAUUAUAAAAAAGAUUAUAUGAAGAACUUAUUUAUUUUACUUUAACGCCAUCUGGAAAACAAGAAAACCGUUGAACACUGGUAGUUGAUCAUUGGUUCGUGCCUGACCAAGGGGCUGGCUACCAUGCAGUGUUCUGGGUUUUUUUCGGGUGUGUAACACCUGAACAGAAUCCAGUUUCCACAUAGGAAGUCCUGCUAGAAGUUAUCAGAUCACCCAAGUGUUCCAUUGCCUUACUCCAUCAAUACAUUGAUACCAAAUCUUAAUGCUGACAUUUUAAUGUUUUGUGAAUAAGAUUACAUUUCACCUUUGUAUGUAUGGAAACUUUUGGGACACCCUGUAGUAUUUAAUAUAUAAUUUUUGUUUUAAAUAGUAUAAACACUUAAUAUGUACUUGU